UGCCAAAGCUGUAUCUGAAAUACAGAGUGAGAGCAAAUAUAAAGAAGCGGGAAAGAAGGAAGCGUCCAGCUCUCUGUACUCGAAGCUGCCCGAGACUCUGGAAACUCAGCACGCCAAAGAGGCGGCACAGCUGCAGAGUCAGGUGAAGUAUAAACAGGACGGUAAGAAGGAGGUGAGCAGCUCUCUGUAUCAUCAGCUACCUGCAACCACAGAGACACAGCUGGCCAAGGAGCUGAGAGAUCUCUGCAGUGAGGUGAAGUACAAAGAGGAGGGUAAGAAGGAGAUCAGUAAGAACUUGUACUCGCUGCUCCCAGAGACGGCAGAGACACAGUUCGCCAAGCAGAUGUCAGAAAUACAGAGUGAGGCAAACUACAAGAAGGACAAAGAGGAUCUGCCCAACACUUUGUACUCACUGCUGCCUGAAACUCUGGAGACUCAGUUUGUUAAAGAGAUGGCUGAGACACACAGCCAGGUGAAGUACAAGCAGGCGGGUAAGCAGCACACGGCGUCGUCUCUUUACUCCAAACUGCCCGAAACUCUGGAGACCAAACACGCCAAAGAAGUGACUGAACUGCAGAGUGAAAAAAAGUACAAAGAUGAGGGGAAGAAGGAGAUGAUGUCGCCUCUGUACGCUCAGCUCCCUGAAACCACAGAGACCCACUUUGCCCGCGAGAUGACUGAAAUACUGAGCGAGAACAAAUAUAAGGAAAGUGGGAAGAAGAGCCAGACUGUCAGUGUGUAUUCCCAGCUGCCACAGACCAACGAAAUCCAGUUUGCCAAAGCUGUAUCUGAAAUACAGAGUGAGAGCAAAUAUAAAGAAGCGGGAAAGAAGGAAGCGUCCAGCUCUCUGUACUCGAAGCUGCCCGAGACUCUGGAAACUCAGCACGCCAAAGAGGCGGCACAGCUGCAGAGUCAGGUGAAGUAUAAACAGGACGGUAAGAAGGAGGUGAGCAGCUCUCUGUAUCAUCAGCUACCUGCAACCACAGAGACACAGCUGGCCAAGGAGCUGAGAGAUCUCUGCAGUGAGGUGAAGUACAAAGAGGAGGGUAAGAAGGAGAUCAGUAAGAACUUGUACUCGCUGCUCCCAGAGACGGCAGAGACACAGUUCGCCAAGCAGAUGUCAGAAAUACAGAGUGAGGCAAAGUACAAGAAGGACAAAGAGGAUCUGCCCAACACUUUGUACUCACUGCUGCCUGAAACUCUGGAGACUCAGUUUGUUAAAGAGAUGGCUGAGACACACAGCGAGGUUAAAUACAAAGAAGCAGGGAAGAAAGAGGCCAGCAGCUCUCUGUACCACCAGCUCCCUGAGACUCUGGAGACGCAGCACGUUAAAGAGGUUACUGAGCUGCAGAGCGAGAACAAGUACAAGCAGAGCGGGAAGAAGGCGAUGUCGUCCAGUUUGUACUCUCAGCUGCCGCAGACGGCCGAAACGCAGCUCGCCGCCAAGGUGUCCGACAUGCAGAGUGAAUGUAAAUACAAGGAGAACGGCAUCAAGAGCCUCUCUCAGAGUCUCUACUCACAGCUCCCAGAAACAGCCGAGACUCAGUUAGCCAGAACUGUGUCUGAGCUGCAGAGUGAGGCCAAGUACAAGGAGGCGAGCAAAAAGGAGGCGAGCAGCUGUCUGUACCAUCAGCUGCCCGAAACACUGGAGACUCAGCAUGCUAAAGAGGCUACUGAGCUACAAAGUCAGGUGAAAUACAAGGAAGGUAAGAAGGAGCUGAGCACCAACCUGUACUCACUGCUGCCUGAGACAGAGGAGAUCAAGUUUGCUAAAGCAGUGACGGAGCUUCAGAGUGAGAAUAAAUACAAGCAGAAAGGCAGACAGGAGAUCAGCAGCAGUGUUUUCCACCAGAUGCCGGAGACCAAAGAGAUGGAGUUUGUUAAGCACAUCUCAGAACUUCAGAGCGAGUCAAAAUACAAGAAGGACAAAGAGGAUCUGCCCAACACUUUGUACUCACUGCUGCCCGAAACUCUGGAGACUCAGUUUGUUAAAGAGAUGGCUGAGACACACAGUAAGAAUAAAUACAAAGAGGCGGGUAAGAAGGAGAUGGUGAAGUGUCUGUACUCUCUGCUGCCCGAGACCAAAGAAACUCAGCAUGCCAAGGAGCAGAGCCAGCUGCACAGUGAGAAAGCUUACAGGGAGGAGAGCAAGAAAGAAGCCGGCUGUAGUCUCUAUGCCCAGAUGCCCCAAACCAUCGAGACCGUGUUUGCCAAAGAGCUGAGCAAGACACAGAGCGAUAAGUUCUAUAAGGAGAAAUAUAAUCGGGAGAAGGGGAAGUCCAGCUACACCAACAUGAAGACGCUUCCUGAGGUGGAGCACGCCAUGGAGGUCAACAAGAAGCAGAGUGAAGUCAGCUACAGGAAAGGUAAAGAGGAGCUUCAUCACUACAACGCGGUCCCAGACAGACCUGACAUCGUGAACGCCACCAACGCAGCUAAACUGGCCAGCGAUGUGACCUAUAAGAGUUAUACUAAGCAGCCUGUCUACAGUGACGAGUCUCUUCUGGCCAGAACCGACAUCCAGCACGCCAAAGAGGUCUCAAAACUGGCCAGCCAGGUGAAGUAUAAGGAGAGCUUUGACAGACAGUUAAAGGGGCAGAAACCUCAAUACAACCCGCUGGAGUGUGUUUCCUUCAAACAAACGCAGGCUGCUUCUGCUCUGGCCAGUCAGGUGAAGUACAAAACCAACCAGAACCAGAAACCAGAAGGUUCCUCAGACCUCCCGAACCUCCUGCAGCUGGAGCACGCCCUGCACGCCAGCAAGCUUCAGAGCAAUGUAGAGUAUAAGAAGAAGUACGAGCAGACGAAGGCUCAUUACCACAUAGCUCUGGACACGGCUGAACAGCUCCACCACAAGGAGAACGCAGUGCUGCACAGCCAGGUAAAGUACAGAGAGGAGUAUGAGAAGAACAAAGGUCGCUCUCUGAUGGAGUUUGGAGACACUCAGACCUACAAGGUGUCCAAGGAAGCACAGAAGAUGCAAAGCGAGAAGGAAUAUCGGAAGGACUAUGAGGAGCAGAUGAAGGGCAAAGCCUUGGUGGACGUCGACCAGACGCCUGGAUACCUGACAGCGCGCCAUGCUAGCAGCCUGCUGAGCGAGAAAGAGUACAAGAGGGACCUGGAGCAGGAGGUGAAGGGGCGGGGCUUAUCUGGUGUUGGUCUUGAAGAGACACCUGAGCUGCUGAGGGUUAGAAAAGCCAAUCAGAUACUGAACCAGAAGGAGUACCGCAGAGAUUUGGAGAGGGAGAUUGUGGGGAAAGGCAUGGAGCUGAGUGCUGAUGUGCUGGAGAUGCAAAGAGCCAAGAGAGCCUCACAGAUCCAGAGCCAGAAGUCGUACAAGCAGACGGAGCAGCUCAGAGAACAUUCAUACGGGACGGUUACAGACACUCCUGAGCUGCUGCACGCCUCCUACCUCAAAGACGUCUACAGCCAGAAGAAGUAUAAAGACGAGGCGGAGCGACUGAAGGGACGCUACAGUCUGGUUUCUGAAACCCCCGAGAUGGAGAGGGUCAAAGCCAACCAGAGACACAUCAGCUCUCUGCGAUACUGCUGGGACUCAAAGCUGAUGAGAAACCUGACGUCAUCGGUCACAGAGACGCCGGAGAUCGUCCUCGCCAGAGAGAACGCCAAGAAGAUCAGCGACGUCCAGUACAGGGAGGAGGUGGGUUGUGGCACCGCAGUCAUGGACACACCUGAGAUGGAGCGAGUCCGACGUAACCAGGAGAACAUCAGCUCAGUCAAAUACAAGCAGAGCGCAGUGAAGGCCACCAGCGUCGGAGUGACUCCAGAGCUGGAGAGAGUCAAGCAAAACCAGGAGAACAUCAGCUCGGUGAAGUACCAGCGCGGGCUGCAGGAAGUGAGGGGGCGGAGCUGCAAUGAGCUGGACACACCUGAGUACAGACGUGUCAGGAAGACACAGGAUUCGGUCUCCAUGGUAGCAGCCUGGUUGCUGUGGUUCCCACCUGUGCAGUGGGAGGAGCUAACACAAGUGAUGAGUGAUGUGGCACCAAGCGUGUGACCGCCGCACGGAUACUAACAAACACCAACAAGCUGACAGCACGGAGGACAGAGCAGUGUGUGUGUGUGUGUGUGUGUGUGUGUGUGUUUGCAUGUGUGCCUGUGUGCAAGUGACCUUAAUGAGUGUGGUAUGUGUUAACAAAUAAAGAUUUAAAACCA